UUUUGAACCCGGAAGUACUCGGCCGCACUCGGAAGCAACGGGAGCGCGAGGUUCUGCAGGCGCUGCAGCUGCAGGAUGGUCGGCGGCGGGAAGCGCAGGCCUGGCGGGGAACGGCAACAGUGUGAAAAGACAGUUGAUGUGAAGAAGAGUAAAUCCUGUGAAGCUGAUGUCUCCAGUGAGCUUCGAAAAGAAGUAGAAAAUCAUUAUAAGCUUUCCCUACCUGAAGAUUUCUAUCACUUCUGGAAAUUCUGUGAAGAACUUGAUCCUGAAAAGCCAGCGGAUGCACUUUCCACAAGCCUUGGACUACAAUUAGUGGGUCCUUAUGAUAUCCUUGCUGGAAAACACAAAAUGAAGAAAAAAUCAAUAGGCUUGAAUUUUAAUCUUCAUUGGAGGUUUUACUAUGAUCCUCCUGAGUUCCAGACCAUUAUUGUUGGAGAUAAUAAAACUCAGUACCACAUGGGGUAUUUCAGAGAUUCGCCUGAUGAACUUCCUGUAUAUAUUGGUACAAAUGAAGCAAAGAAAAAUUGUAUAAUUGUUCAAGCUGGAGAUAAUGUGUUUGCUGCAGUCAAAUUAUUUUUGGUGAAAAGACUUAAAGAAGUAACAGAUAAAAAGAAAGUUAGUUUCUUGAAAAACAUGGAUGAAAAACUCACAGAAGCAGCUGGCAAAUUGGGGUACUCAUUGGAACAGAGAACCAUGAAGAUGAAACAGAGAGACAAGAAAGUUGUGACAAAGACCUUUCAUGGUGCAGGCUUGGUUGUUCCGAUAGAUAAAAAUGAUGUUGGGUACAGAGAACUCCCUGAAACAGAUGCUGACCUCAAGAAAAUUUGCAGAACAAUUGUUGAGGCUACAAGUGAUGAUGAGAGACUAAAAGCCUUUGUUCCCAUCCAGGAAAUGAUGACUUUUGUACAGUUUGCUAAUGAUGAGUGUGAUUAUGGCAUGGGACUGGAGUUGGGAAUGGAUCUCUUUUGUUAUGGUUCACAUUAUUUUCAUAAAGUUGCUGGCCAGCUUUUACCUCUGGCAUAUAAUCUGUUGAAGAGGAAUCUUUUUGCAGAAAUUAUCGAGGAUCAUCUGGCCAACAGAAGUAAAGAAAACAUAGACCAACUUGCAGGAUGAGUAAGAGUUUGCUUUGUUGUACAGUGUUUUAAGCCAUUAAUAUCAAAUUUGAAUUUGUUUGUUUUUAAGAAACACAGAAAAUAAACUGAAGGAAACAUUUACUAAAAACUUCUGUAAGGUUCUUCUGGUCUGAUUUUGUUUCUUUCAUGGGCAAAUAAAAGGCAGUCGAAUCUCAUAAUUGGUGAUAGCUUAAUCAUAUGUUGGAAUACAACCAGGGUCGUCCUCUGAAUGUCACUGGCAAAUGCCUUUGGAUAACUACAUUGUCCUCCUUCCAGGAGCCCUCUGUUUCAAUAUAGGCUGAGCAUCCCUACUACAGAACUCUAAAAUCUGCAACCUUGUGAUGCCACCAUGACUGAAAAGUUCUGGAUUUUAGAGCAUGUUUGUUUUUGGACUGGCAUGCUGAGCUGAUAAAGACAAUGCAAAUAUACCAAUAUCAGAGAAACUAAAAUUGGAUACACUCUGUAAAGCUGUACUUCUUGUAUGGACAACUAUGUCUUCUGUCCUGAGUUAGAACAGCUAUGGCUUUAAGGACUGAGUUUAUGGGGACAAAGAGAAGCACAGAGGUAAACAAGGAAAAAUCAGUACACUUGUAACCAGCACUGUGUUGUAAGUUGCCCGAUGCCAGGCCCACCAAAACUGCAUUUUGACAGUAUCUCUGGUGACUCUCAUAUAUCUUUGGAAAAAGAAUCCAGAUAACUCAUUAGGUAAAAAUCCACUCUUUUGACUGAUUUACCAGUCAAUAUACCAUAGUAUUUUGAUAGAGCAAACGGUUUUCUUUUAAUCAGAUGCCAUUAAAGUUUUCCAUUACAAAUCAUCUAUUAGAUUUCUAGUAUAAAUCUGUAGAUAGCUGUUUACCAAAUUCAGAUUCUUACACCUGGCAAGAUGUCCUUCAUCUUGAGAGCUAACAGCAAACCAUGAAAUAUAAAAUGCAUUAUUUUUCAAAUCAGGCUAAAAAGCAUACAAGCCUUGUCACCUUCGUGUGAAUUUCAAGAUAGAAAAACCUCCAGUUCUAGUUUGACCCCAGUGACUUACCCAGUGUUUUUUACACAGCUCUCCAAAGUUCUAUGUCAUGUUUGAGCGCUUACUCAUUUUUAUAGGAGUUAGCACAGUUCAGAUAUUGAGUAGCAGGUAUCUCCCCAAUAAGGCUAUAAGCUUUUUAAGGACCUGAGUUUUACAAAUAUAUAUUCCCCUCAUUAACUGACCUUUGAAUAUGUAUUUAUUGAAUAGAAAUGACCCUAUCACAUGCCCCUCACUAGAUGGUAGAUAAAUGAAACACUGUAACAAGAGUUGGGAAACAUGCCCUCGAAAUAAGGUCUCCUAGUGUCUGCUGUGAGUCUUCUCUGCCAGCCUGAUCUCCCUUUCUUGGGGAAAUGUUGCCUGGGUCAGUAUAUGAAACAUUAAUUGAGGCUGAGGCUUACCUUGCCUUUCAUUUCUACACAGAAUCCGAGGCAGUAUCAGAGGUGCUAAGCAUCUGCCACUUCAGUUCCAUAAAUAGUGCCAAGUCCUGGGCCCAUCUGAACUUUUAAAUUAAAGCAUCACACAAACAGCUCACAUGCUGAUCAGAAAAAGACCAGAUCACUUUGGUCUUAAACUAACAUUUUAGUAGCUCUUGAGCUUUUUCCCUCAGACUUUUUAGUUUCUAAGUUAUUUAUUCUAAAUAUUGCCCCCAAUAGUAACACAUUUAUAAAAUACUGAAAUUCAGGUGUCGUCCAUUAAGCUAGAAAUAAAAGAUUAGCAAUAAAAAUUUUUGCCAUUUUGUGAUCCACCAGUUUUAAGUAUACAGUCUGUAAGAUUUUCAUAUGCCUCAUGAUCAAUAAUUUGAAUUAAAAAAGGAUUUAUCAAGGAAUAAAUAAAAGGGAAAGAUUAGCUUUUCACCUGUGUCUCACACAGACAUGUUUGGCAAUCUAGGGAUAUCAGAAGCCAAGAAAGAAAUGGGACACUUGCCAAAUAUAUGGAAGUUAUAAUCUUAAUAAUAUAGUUAUGACUUGUUUUGAGAAGGCAACAAGCUAACAAUGUGGGCUUACAGUCAAAAUGCCAGCCAGGAGAUACUGAUCUCCCAACUAUUAAAGGUUUUUCAUUAAAGAGCAUCCCUACCAUACAGCACCAAGCUUUUUCAUUUACCUAGGAUCUCACCAGUCAAUGGCUAUAGUAACAUCCAAAGGGCACUUAAUCUACCUCUAUUCUGAGAACAAAUUUUAAAUGCCUAACUUUUUAUUAAUAAAGCAUCUUGAUUCAAUCACGAUUUAACAUAAAAUUGUUACCCAACUCAAAUUUACUUAACUUCUUGGAGCUUAAUAAGAAAAUUUAUUAUGGAUAACUUUCCAAACAUGCAUGUAGAAUGCAAAGGACAAAAGCUAUUAAAUGACCCGGGAGAUAAUGCUACAUAACUUGUCAAUGACAUAGACUGGCACUAGCUCAAACAUUAACUGCCUUAAUGUCAUUCAGCCCAACUACCAUAAUGGUAAGUGAUGUAAAUGUCCCUCCAAUAACCUCGACUUACUCUUAAGUGAUCAUAUUAGGUUUUGACAGUCUAUAGUAAUAUGUUGUCGGUACCAAUAAUGACCAUCUCACUAAUCUCAAUUUCAAGCAUCCAGUUAUCCAAACAUCAGGCUGUGGAUAUAGCUCAGUGGUUCUGCCAUCUGCCUCACAAGCACAAGGACCCGAGUUCGAUCCCCAGUACCCCCCUCAAAAAAAUCCAAACAUCAUUACCCAUCUUUCUAUCCCUUCCUAAAGCACCCUGAGAAUUUUUCAACCCGACCAUAUCCUACAACUCACUAACCACCUUUCUCAUUCUACCCACUCCUUUCUUGGUUUCCUUCUUCACCCAGGCUUUCAGUUCAAUUCCUCAUAAUUAUAAUUACUCCUAAACACUCAACUGCACUGGCUAUAUUCAUGUUAGAAGUAUAAGCCAAAUCAACUGGCCAUUCCUUACCUGAAUCUGUUUUGUCUCAAACAGAAAAACUAUAACCAUGCCAGCUAGUGUUACUUUAACCUUAAAAUUGACCAGGCUCAUUGCUCACUGAUCCGUUCUUCAUCUCUGUUCAAACUUUAAACAGCUCCUCCCCCAACCUGUUAAUUUCACUGAAAAAACAAGCAGAGUAACUUCAAAAAAAGUAAAAUCAUGCUCAGUUAGUUGCACAAGUGUCUGCUUGGCAAUCAUGAGGCCCUGAGUUCAAUCCCUGGUACCAAACAAAACACAACAAAACUCACGGCCUUAUCAACUAUCCAUUACACUCUGCCUAUGAUUUUUGUUUCAUUUUUCACUUGCCUACGCAAGGACCUCUCCUCUCUGGUCAUUAAUUUUCCCUCUCAAACAUUCCCAUAAUUAACAAAAGACGUUUUAUUAUCUUGCACCUUAAAAUCUCAGACUUUUAAUCUCUCAAACAUUUUCAUCAACAAAAGCUAUAAUAUCCUGCAACCUAAAACAAAACACUUCAAAACUUACUUUUUCUGAAAACCUCACGAGGAAAAAUUGUGAUGGCUGCCUCCAGUUCUUCCAACCUGUUAAAAACAUCCCCAGUCAGGCUGUUGCUUGUCAUCUCAGUGAACUGGCUGUGGUUUAUCCUCACAUGGUCAACUUUCAGGCCUCAUCUACUUCACCUUAUCAGCAACGCCUGACAACUGAUCUUCCAUGAGCUAUUUACUCAUGGUUAGGCCACUCUUCCUUCAAUGGCACCAGUACUGCCUACUCUACCUUAUUGCCAGCUCCCUUUUGUUGGGUCCGCACAUUUAAACAAAAAUGCAUCAAUCUCAAUCCUUGUACCUUUUCUCUGCCCACACUGAAUCCAUGCAAUCUCAUCCCCAUUUAGCUUUCAGGACAGAUCUUUCUCCUGAACUCAAGUCUCUAUAGACUAAGAUCUACUUAAACCCACACUUAAGAUAGAAAACUAUGACACUUAAAUGUCUAUAACCAAAACUUCCUUUGCACACACACUUAAUUUAUGAAGUCUUGCCCAAGUCAGUCAUGGCCAUUCCAGUCUUGUCAUUUCUCAGUCCAAAACACUUAAGAGACAGCCUUGACCCCCCUCCAACCUUCCAAAUUUCUCAAUUAGCAAAUCCUAUCCAUUCCACCUUCACCAUAUCUACAAUCCAAACACUUUCACCACUUUUUGCCAGCUUCAGUUAGGUUCAACCUUACACCAUAUUUCACUUGGGUUAUUCCAAGUGCAGGGUUCCUUACAGUCUAUUCCAUAUAUGCAGUCAGAGAGGUCAUUUUAAAUCAGAUUGCAAGAAAAAUGUUUUUUUUUUCCCCUAAAUAAAAUGGAGUACUACUCAGCCAUAAAGAAUGAGAA